AUGGACACUCCUCUCUCCAACAAGCAACUCAAAGAACAAUUCGUCAGCAAUUUGACCGGAUCAUCUUUGCUCGAAAUCGCGGCUCUUACAGUAACCCUCCCUAUUUUGGUACUUAUUCGCCACUCCUUCAAUUCCAUUCCCGUAACUGAGAGAAGACGUGUAAAUUUUGUGGCAAGGAGAGUAGAUCAGAUGGAGAGGAGUCAAACAAUAAGAGGUAUCUCCCUGAAGAAGAAAAAGGACGAUGCACCAUUUGAGUGUAGGAGUUUUAAAGCUUACCUAUCUACGUUGACUCUUGAUUUUCUUGUCAUAGUUGUUCCUAUGCUCUUAUUUUUCACUGUACUUGCUGACUGGAGCUAUAUAAUAGCAAGUUUAUUCACAAUCUUAACAUUGCUUUAUAUUGCAGUGAAGAGGGCUGGUGGUUCAUCUCCUGUUUUAGAAGAGCCCAAUUCUUUUCGGGCAUAUAUUACUUCGUACAGGGUUAUUGUGAUGAUUAUAACAAUCUUAUGCAUCUUAGCUGUUGAUUUCAGAAUAUUUCCUAGAAGAUAUGCGAAGACUGAAACAUACGGAGCUAGUUUGAUGGAUCUUGGAGUUGGAGCAUUUGUUUUAGCAAAUUCAUUUGUUUCUCGUCAAGCGCGGAAUAUUGCAUCUGUAAACUGGAAGAUUGCAAUAGUUUCAUCUAGUCCACUUAUCUUCUUAGGAUUUUUUCGUCUUGUUACAACAACUGGUGUGGAUUAUCAGGUCCAUACGAGUGAAUAUGGUGUGCAUUGGAAUUUUUUCUUCACGCUUGCUGCAAUCUCAAUUCUUACAUCCUUUAUUAAUAUCCCCCCAAAAUAUUCUGGAGUUUUUGGAUCACUUGUCCUAGUAGGUUACCAGUUCAGUUUGAUGCAUGGUUUAAACCAUUACUUGCUUUCUAGUGAAAGAGGAACGGAUAUCAUAAGUCAAAACAAGGAGGGGAUUUUUAGCAUAUUUGGAUAUUGGGGUAUGUACCUUAUUGGCGUUCAUUUAGGAAACUAUCUUAUCUUUGGAACCCAUUCCUCUGCGCUUAAAAGUAGCAGAUGGGUUCGGACGAGAGUUUGGGUUCUAGCAAUCCUGUUUUGGUUAUUAACCGUGCUUCUAGAUAGGCACGUCGAAAGAAUUUCACGGCGAACGUGCAACCUGCCAUAUGUUACUUUGGUGGUGGCUGACAAUUUACAGCUAUUAUCAAUUUUAACACUGGCUGAUCUUAUUCCGGGAAUUAAAACUUCAGUACUCGAAGAAGCAUUUAAUCGGAACUUACUAGCUACAUUUCUUCUGGCUAAUCUCCUCACUGGUUUGGUAAACUUGUCUGUUGAUACCCUCUCUGCAUCAUCAACCACAGCUCUUUUUAUCUUGUCUAUCUAUGCUUAUAUUUUAUCAAUUGUUAUUGGAAUUGCUGAUUAUUUUGAUAUGAAGUUAAAAUUUUGGUGA